UGGGCGGGAACAGCAAAAUGGCGCCAGAACCAGUGGCGGGCUGAGGACACUGGCUCCUUUCGAAGACUGCCCUGCGGUCCCCGGGCCGCCCCGGCCCCUUCCGGACAUGGAGGACGUGGAGGCGCGCUUCGCCCACCUGCUGCAGCCCAUCCGCGACCUCACUAAGAACUGGGAGGUGGACGUGGCGGCCCAGCUGGGCGAAUAUCUGGAGGAGCUGGACCAGAUCUGCAUUUCUUUUGAUGAAGGGAAAACCACCAUGAACUUCAUUGAGGCAGCGCUGUUGAUCCAGGGCUCUGCCUGUGUCUACAGUAAGAAGGUGGAGUACCUGUACUCGCUGGUCUACCAGGCCCUCGAUUUCAUCUCUGGCAAGAAGCGGGCCAAGCAGCUCUCAGUGCGGGAACGUGGGGCCGAUGGGGACGCCGCCAGCUCCGAGGCCCCCCAGGAGGCGGAGGACCAGUUCCUGUCGCUAGACGACCUCCCUGACUCCCGUGCUAACGUGGAUCUGAGGAACGACCUGGCUCCCCGUGAGGUCCUCAUCGUCCCUCUCCUGCCCAUGGCCCUUGUGGCCCCUGAUGAGAUGGAGAAGAAUGUCAGCCCCCUGUACAGCUGUCAGGGGGAGGUCCUGGCCAGCCGGAAGGAUUUUAGGAUGAAUACAUGCACCCCUCACCCCAGAGGAGCCUUCAUGUUGGAGCCGGUGGGCAUGUCCCCAGUGGAGACACUGCUGCCGAGGAACCAGAAGGAGGCUGAGAGGCCUGAGGAGCAGCCAAUGGAAGUCUCUGUGUGCAGUCCCGUUCCUGUGCUCAGCGUCUCCCGGGAGCCAGGCCCCUCUCCAGAAGGCCCACUGCCUGGAGGUGGUGAUGAGGACGAGGACGCAGACGGGGCAGUGGAGCCCCCUGAGGACGUGGCCCCCGGCGCCCCUCCAGAGGCCCCGGAGCCCAGGAGCCCGCAGCAGAGUGAUGCCCAGCCCAGCAGGUGUGUGCUGCGGGAGCGACGGGAGCCCACGUCCCUGCUGAAGGAGACCCCAGACCCCUGGCAGAGCCUGGACCCCUUUGACUCCCUAGAUGCUAAGCCCUUCAAAAAAGGUAGGCCCUACUCUGUGCCCCCCUGUGUGGAGGAGGCUCCAGGACAGAAGCGCAAGAGAAAGGGUGUGACCAAGCUGCAGGACUUCCACCAGUGGUACCUGGCUGCCUAUGCUGAGCACGCUGACAGCAGGAGGCCCCGACGAAAAGGCCCGUCCUUUGCAGACAUGGAGGUCCUGUACUGGAAGCAUGUGAAGGAGCAGCUGGAGACUCUCCGGAAGCUGCAGAGGAGGGAGAUGGCAGAGCGGUGGCUGCCGAGACCUGAGGAGGGGCUAUGGCCUGUGGAAGAGGACCGCCUGGAGGAUUCCUUGGAGGAACUGGGGGCAGCAGCAGAUGACUUUCUAGAGCCUGAGGAGUAUGCAGAGCCUCAGGAGGCCAAGCCCGGGGAAGCCACAGACCUGGAAGCAGAGGCCGUGCCAGCAUCCCUGAGCUAUGAAGAGCUGGUCCGCAGGAAUGUGGAGCUCUUCAUCGCCACGUCUCAGAAGUUUGUGCAGGAGACGGAGCUGAGUGAGCGCAUCAGGCACUGGGAAGACACCAUCCAGCCCCUGCUCCAGGAGCAGGAACAGCACGUGCCCUUUGAUAUCCACACCUAUGGGGACCAGGUGGUCUCAAGGUUCAGCCAGCUCAACCAGUGGUGUCCCUUUGCGGAGCUAGUAGCUGGCCAGCCUGCCUUCGAGGUGUGUCGUUCCAUGUUGGCCUCCCUGCAGCUGGCCAACGACCACACAGUGGAGAUCACCCAGCAGCCAGGGCUGGAGGCAGCUGUGGACACCAUGUCCCUGAGACUACUCACCCACCAGCGGGCCCACAAGCGCUUCCAGACUUACGCUGCCCCCUCCAUGGCCCAGCCCUGAGUGGGGAGCGUGGAGGCUGAGGGGUGGGCUCUGGAGCUCCAUCCGUCAUGGGUGCUGGGCAUUGCAUCUGCUCACUCUACCCCUGUUUCCUGGCUGGCCCAGCCCAAUAAAAUGGUGUUGCCAUCCCACCUAA